GCGCCGUCACGUGAGCGGAGCGGCAACAUGGCGAGUGCGACCACGGCGCUGACGCAGGGCCUGGAGCGGAUCCCGGACCAGUUGGGCUACCUGGUGAUCAGCGACGGGGCCGUGCUGGCGUCGUCGGGGGACCUGGAGAACGACGAGCAAACGGCUGCGGUCCUGUCAGAGCUGGUGGCCACGGCCUGUGGGCUGCGGCUGCAGCGCGGCCACGACCCCCCCUUCAAGCGGCUCUCGGUGGUUUUUGGGGAGCACUCCCUCCUGGUCACCAUCUCUGGCCAGAAGCUCUUCGUGGUGAAGCGCCAGAACCACGUCCAGGAGCCUGUCACCGUCUGAGCCGCAUCCUCGCUGCCCCUGGCAGGGGACAGUUGCCCCCUUGGGACCAGCUGUCUGCUGGCCCUGCUCCCAUCCCUAUGCCCUGCAGAUGGCUGCUCUGCAUG